UGCUCGGGGCUUCCGUCGCGGCCGGGGCGAUGGCGGAAGGACGCGGCCCGUAACGGCCCCUCCCGCUGCCUCGGCCGGGGAGGGGGUGGCGAGGCGCCGCCGGCGGCCGCGCGAUGGGGCCCGGCCGCCUCUCGCAGUCGCUGCUGCUGCGCUGCCGGCGGGCGGCGGCGGCGGCUGUCGGCGCGGCCCGCUGCCGCGGCGGGCCGUUGUCCGCCCGCCCGCUCAGCGCCGCCGGCGUUCGCCUGCGGGCUCCCCAGCGGCCGCCGGGCAGGGGCGAGCCCCCGCGGGCGGGCGGCGGAGGGCGGUGGAAGGAGGUGGCGGGCGCCGGCGGGGAUGAAGAAGACGAAGAGGAGGAGGAGGAGGAGGAGGAGGAUGCGGAGCUGGAGGAGCUGCUGGGCCCCUCUCCGCUGGCCGUGGAGCCCGGCGCGCAGCGCGUAGCCGUGGUGCACCCGGCUGUCAAGUGGGGCCCGAAGAAGCCGCCGCUCACCAGGGCUGAAUUACAGAUUGCUGAAGCCGUUGCUCUUAUAGAUACCCUUCAGAACUGGACAGUUUUAGAGAAAAUAAUUAUUCCUACAAAAAAUCCUGACAAGAAGUUUAUUUUUGGCAAAGGAAACUUUCAGGCGUUGACAGAAAAGAUUAAAAAAUUGCCCCAUGUGACAGCUGUCUUCUUGAAUGUGGAAAGAAUAUCUUCACUAACAAAGAAAGAACUAGAAGAUGCCUGGGGCGUGAAAGUCUUUGACAGAUACACAGUUGUACUUCACAUUUUUCGUUGUAAUGCCCGGACCAAAGAAGCAAAACUUCAGAUAGCAUUGGCUGAAAUUCCACUUCUCAGGUCAAAUCUGAAAAAUGAUGUGUCUCGGCUAGAUCAGCAGAGAGGUGGCUCGAGAUACAUCAUGGGCUCAGGUGAAACUUUCAUGGAGGCACAGAAUCGUAUCUUGAAAGAAAAAGAACUUAAAAUUAGGAAUGCCCUGGAGAAACUAAGAAGAAAAAGGUGUUUACUUAGAACUCAGCGCAGAAAACGCGAGUUUCCUAUUAUCUCAGUAAUGGGCUAUACUAAUUGUGGAAAAACUACUUUGAUCAAAGCCUUGACUGGCGAAGCAGGACUUCAACCCAGAGAUCAGCUGUUUGCCACGCUUGAUAUUACAGCCCAUGCUGGCUAUCUGCCCUCACAUAUGGCAGUUAUUUAUGUUGACACCAUUGGCUUUCUGACUGAUCUUCCGCAUAAUCUGGUUGAGUCCUUUUCGGCUACAUUAGAAGAAGUGGCUUACUCAGAUCUGAUAGUUCAUGUGAGGGAUAUUACUCAUCCAGAAACCAUUCUCCAGAAAGCAACCGUUCUGUCAGUUCUGAAGAAUCUUAAUCUUCCCAGCCAUUUAUUGGACUCAAUGGUAGAAGUUCAUAACAAAGUGGAUUUGAUAGAAAGAUAUAAACCCACUGAAGAAAAUGCUUUAGCCAUUUCUGCUCUACAUGGACAUGGUUUAGAAGAGCUGAAAGAAGAAAUAGAGAAAAAAAUUUUGACAGCAACAGGGAAGAAGAUUCUGACAGUUAACGUCAACUUAGAGGGACCUCAGCUAAGUUGGCUCUAUAAAGAAGCAACAGUUCAGGAAGUAGAAGUCAUGCCUGAAGAUGGCACAGCCCGGGUGAAGGUGAUAAUUGGCAAUUCUGCUUUUGGCAGAUACAGAAACCUCUUUCCCAGCAGUAAGAUUUUUAUGCCAUGAAACUGCAUCCUUUUCUAGGAAAAGAAACUGAUCUCAUUAAGAGGAUGUGAAAUGAAGUUAAUGACCUGUUAGUCUGGGUGUUGAAGAGCUUAUUUCUUCUCCAGUUGAUGUUUUUGACACAUUUUAGAACUGGACAGUUUCAGAAAACUUCUGUUUGGACACAGUAAGAGCUUUGGGUUUCAUUCUGUCAGCAAGCGCAAGGACAGCACUAACUUCUUAAAACAGUUGUUGGCUAUAAGCUGUGGAUCUCAAACACAUGGAAAUCACUGGAUGGCAUCUGAAUUAACCUUCAGAAAAGUACCAAGUUUCUUAAAUAAAUCUUUUUACCCCAUUUUUAAAAUAAAAUAAUAGUAAUUAUAGUUAAGGUGUCUCAGAUGGUCGUUGGAAAAUGAAAGUGAACAAAAUGUUAUGGCUUGUAUAUAAAUAAUACAGAUAAAUAAGGUAUUCUAGCAGAAUGCAUGAACCUAAGUAAAAUAACUGCCGCGUCUUACUGCAGCGAAGCAAAAAACCCCAUAGAUUUGUAUAAUUAAGCAAUAAAUAAAGUUAGCUGUGAACAUCUUUUACCCA